AAAGCAACCUCCUCAACAACUCAAUUCGCUCCCCCCUCCCGCCAACAAAACUCCCCCUCACCCCUCAACUUCGACUCUUAAUCAAUCAAUCCUCCCUCUCACCAUAGUCGACUUUACCGCGACACCUUAAUAUCAUCGCAAAAAACACCCCAAAAAAACUCACCAUGUCGGACGUUCGCCCAGCAGGGGCAACCACCCCCGACCGCCUCGGCACCAACAUCCCUCAAAGCGGCUUCUCCGAUCCUGAGAAGCAUGCAGUCAGCGAGAAGCCCGUUGCUCCUCUCGACGAGGACGACGAUGACAUCGAGGACAUCGAUGCUCUCAUCGACGAUCUCGAGUCCCAGGAAGGACAGGAGUACGCGGAGGACGAUGAGGCCGUGGCUGGUUCCAGCGCUCGCCCCGUCCCCGAGGACCUCCUCCAGACGGAUACCCGCAUCGGUCUUACCUCGGCCGAAGUCGAGCAGAGACGACGAAAGUACGGUCUCAACCAGAUGAAGGAGGAGAAGGAGAACAUGAUUCUCAAGUUCCUCAUGUACUUCGUCGGUCCCAUUCAGUUCGUCAUGGAGGCUGCCGCUAUUCUCGCUGCCGGUCUUCAGGAUUGGGUCGAUUUCGGUGUCAUCUGUGCUCUUCUCUUGCUCAACGCCUGUGUCGGUUUCAUCCAGGAAUACCAGGCCGGUUCCAUCGUCGACGAAUUGAAGAAGACCCUCGCCCUCAAGGCUGUUGUUCUCCGUGACGGUCGUCUUACCGAGAUCGAGGCCCCCCAGGUCGUUCCCGGUGAUAUCCUCCAGAUCGAGGAAGGUACCAUUGUUCCCGCCGACGGCCGUGUCGUCACCGAAGACGCUUUCCUCCAGGUUGACCAGUCUGCCAUCACCGGUGAAUCGCUCGCCGUCGACAAGCACAAGGGUGACCAGUGCUACGCUUCCUCCGCCAUCAAGCGUGGUGAGGCCUUCAUGGUCGUCACUGCCACUGGAGACAACACCUUCGUCGGUCGCGCCGCUGCUCUCGUCAACAAGGCUUCCGCCGGAACUGGUCAUUUCACUGAGGUUCUCAACGGUAUCGGUACAGUUUUGCUUGUCCUCGUCGUCCUUACCCUUUUGGUCGUCUGGGUCGCAUCCUUCUACCGCUCCAACGGAAUUGUCCAUAUCCUCGAGUUCACCCUGGCCAUCACCAUCAUCGGUGUCCCCGUCGGUCUUCCCGCUGUCGUCACCACCACCAUGGCUGUCGGUGCCGCAUACCUCGCCAAGAAGCAGGCUAUCGUCCAGAAGCUUUCCGCCAUUGAGUCCCUCGCUGGUGUUGAGAUUCUCUGCUCCGACAAGACCGGUACCCUUACCAAGAACAAGCUCUCCCUGGCCGAGCCCUACACCGUCGAGGGUGUCGAGGCCGAUGAUCUCAUGUUGACUGCCUGCUUGGCCGCUUCCCGCAAGAAGAAGGGUCUCGAUGCCAUCGACAAGGCCUUCCUCAAGUCUCUCCGUUUCUACCCCCGUGCCAAGAACGUUCUCUCCCGCUACAAGGUCCUCGAGUUCUUCCCCUUCGACCCCGUCUCCAAGAAGGUCACCGCCGUUGUCCAGUCUCCUCAGGGUGAGCGCAUCAUCUGUGUUAAGGGUGCCCCUCUCUUCGUGCUCCGUACCGUCGAGGAGGACCACCCCAUUCCCGAGGAUGUCGCCAACGACUACAAGAACAAGGUCGCCGAGUUCGCUACCCGUGGUUUCCGUUCCCUUGGUGUUGCUCGCAAGCGUGGUGAAGGUCACUGGGAGAUCCUCGGUAUCAUGCCUUGCUCUGACCCCCCUCGCCACGAUACUGCCCGCACUGUCCACGAGGCCAAGGGUCUUGGUCUUUCCAUCAAGAUGUUGACUGGUGAUGCCGUCGGUAUUGCCCGUGAGACUUCCCGCCAGCUCGGACUCGGUACCAACAUCUACAACGCUGAGAAGCUCGGUCUUUCCGGUGGUGGUGACAUGCCCGGAUCUGAGGUCUACGAUUUCGUUGAGGCUGCCGAUGGUUUCGCCGAGGUUUUCCCCCAGCACAAGUACAAUGUCGUCGAGAUUCUCCAGCAGCGUGGUUACCUGGUUGCCAUGACUGGUGACGGUGUCAACGAUGCUCCCUCGCUCAAGAAGGCCGAUACCGGUAUUGCCGUCGAGGGUGCUUCCGAUGCUGCCCGUUCCGCUGCCGAUAUCGUCUUCCUCGCCCCCGGUCUCUCUGCCAUCAUCGAUGCCCUCAAGACUUCCCGCCAGAUUUUCCACCGCAUGUACGCCUACGUUGUCUACCGUAUCGCUCUGUCCCUGCACUUGGAGAUCUUCCUUGGUCUGUGGAUUGCCAUCCUCAACGAGUCCCUCAACCUGAACUUGGUCGUCUUCAUCGCCAUCUUCGCCGAUAUCGCUACCCUGGCCAUUGCUUACGAUAACGCGCCCUUCUCCAAGACCCCCGUCAAGUGGAACCUUCCCCGUCUUUGGGGUAUGUCGUGUCUGCUCGGUAUAGUUCUUGCUAUCGGUUCCUGGAUCACCCUUACCACCAUGUUGGCCCACGGCCCCGACGGUGGUAUCGUCCAGAACUUCGGUAACCGCGACGAGGUCUUGUUCUUGGAGAUCUCCCUCACUGAGAACUGGCUUAUCUUCAUCACCCGUGCCAACGGUCCCUUCUGGUCUUCGAUCCCUUCGUGGCAGUUGUCCGGUGCCAUCUUCUUGGUCGACAUCAUCGCUACCUUCUUCUGUCUCUUCGGUUGGUUCCUUGGUGGCGAGCAGACUUCCAUCGUCGCCGUCGUUCGUAUCUGGAUCUUCUCCUUCGGUGUCUUCUGCGUCAUGGCUGGUGUUUACUACCUCCUCCAGGACUCCGUCGCAUUCGAUAACCUCAUGCACGGAAAGACCCCUAAGAAGGACUCAAAGAAGCGCUCCCUGGAGGACUUCGUUGUUUCCCUCCAGCGUGUGUCCACUCAGCACGAGAAGUCGACAUAGAAGUUUAUGUUUUGGGAUCUGGUGUUCGGUUGUAUGAAGCAUCAUCUUUGUUAAUAAAAACACUAGCGGUUUUGGGUUACGUGGUGUUUUUUGUAGAAUACAUACCUUUGAUAAUAGGAGCGGUCUGUUUGAACUAUUUCUUCGGUGGUGCUCAUGUUUCUUUUCUCUUAUAUUUCUUUUUUCAUGUCUCUAGAGGU